CUAUUUUCAUCAGGAAAAUUGGAAUUUCUUGGGAGAAAAAUUAUUGGAUCCUCUCUUCUCUCUCUCUCUCUCUCUCUCUCUCUCUCUCACACACACACACACACACACACACACCCUUUCUCUGUCUCUGUCCUUUCCCUCUCUCGCGAUUCUCUCUCUCUCUCUCUCCUCUCUAAUCCGUACCGGAACCUACAAGCGGAAACUCAAGAAGACGAAGUCCAAGUCCACGACUGCGAUGGUAUCCAGCCAUUCCCAUCGGCACUAGCACCACAACGCAAGUAGCCAAGACACCUCUAUUAGCCUUAAUAAGAAUCAGACAUCUCUGACUCUCUCUCUCUCUGCUCUCCUGUCAGCGAAGGAGCUUCGGCCAAAAAAAAAAAAAAAUGAAUAGAGAGAUAAAAGACGGCACAAUCUCUGGCUUUCUACCAAACACUGAAGCUUUUGCUGUCCACUAUCCUGGAUAUCCUUCGUCUAUGUCCCGUGCAAUUGAAACUCUUGGUGGAACUGAAGGAAUCCAUAAGGCUCAUAACUCUCAGUCAAAUAGGUUGGAGCUUCGUUUUCGCCCUGAAGAUCCGUAUUCACACCCUGCAUAUGGAGACCUUCGUCCUUGUAACAGUUUGUUGCUUAAAAUAUCUAAAAACAAGUCUAGUAGUAACGGACAAAGUUGUGAGGUCUCCAACAGGACUAGUUUGCCAGAUGAAACUAAUAUUGGUGAUAAGGAACUUUCAAGUAAUCCUGAAAAUGGAUUGGUUACAUCUUCUAAAGAAGAUGCACGAAUAUCUGAAGAUAAUCCAACAAACCUCUGUGCUGAUAUUGUUGCCCGCAUACUUGAGGCUUAUCACUUUGAUGGAAUGGUAGAUUACCAGCAUGUCAUUGGUGUUCAUGCGGAUGUUUCCCGGAGGAAAAAGAGAAGUUGGAUGGAGAUGGAGGAGCCACAUUUUAAGAAGGGUGGACUUCUGGAUGGUGAUCAGGAGGAUGUGAUGAUAUUAGUGCCUCCAAUUUUCUCACCCAAGGAUGUCCCUGAAAAUUUAGUGUUGAGGCCAUCAGUGAUAUUAAGUUCAAAGAAGAAUCAAGAAGGACUUGUACAACCUGAAUGGGAGAUGGACAUGGAGCCUGUUCUUGCUAUUGAUUUUAACAUCAAGGAGGUACCAAAGAGAAUAAAUUGGGAGGAAUACAUACCCCAAGGCUCAGAACAGUGGGAGCUACAGAUGGCUGUAUCUAAACUGUUCGAUGAGAAGCCUAUAUGGCCUAAGGAUUCAUUAACUGAACGCUUGCUUGAUAAGGGCCAUAAUUUUGCUGGUCAUAUGCUUAGAAGGCUUCUUUCUAGAGUUGCAUACUACUUUUCAAGUGGACCAUUUCUCAGGUUUUGGAUCAGAAAAGGAUAUGAUCCUCGCAAAGAUUCUAAUUCUCAAAUGUAUCAAAGAAUUGAUUUUCGAGUACACCCAUCAAUACGUAGUUAUUGUGAUGCUAAUGCAGCUAAUCAGAUGAAGCAUAGAUGGGAUGAUAUAUGUGCAUUUCGAGUUUUCCCUUUCAAGUGCCAAACCUCAUUACAACUAUUUGAACUUGUAGAUGAUUACAUACAACAAGAGAUAAGAAAGCCUCAGAAUCAAACAACUUGCACUUUUGCAACAGGAUGGUUUUCAAAUCUCAGGCUUGAUAACUUGAGACAUCGUGUUGCAUUAAGGUUCCUAUCAGUAUAUCCUAAACCUGGUGCAGAACAUUUACUAAAAGCUGCUACUGAAAGCUUUGAAAAGUCCAAGAAGAGGUGCAAUAGGGACAAUACAAAACUAUGUGAAGAGGAGCACCAACAAGCCUAUGCAGGUCAAGAAGAUGUUGAGGAACCCAAUAAUGGUGAAGAUGACGAGGAAGAUGACGUUGAGGUUGAUGAUGCAGAAGAGGCAACAAACGCAUAUGAGGCAUUGCAUCAGGCCAAGGAUGGUGAGAUUUCUCUACAAUCAGACUCAUAUCUAAAUGUGGAGAGCAUAUCAAGAGUCCAUUUACAGGAGCUUUUUGGUAGUUUUCCAUCUACUGAGCCAGGUGGUGAUAGAACACAAGAAGCCGAUAUCAGUGAUGAAGAAUAUGAGAUAUUUGAGCAAGAUAGCGAUGGUGAGUUCUCCAAUGAGGACGACGACUACUAACAAUAACACAUGCACUUUUCAGAAGUUAGACUAAUGGGGUUUUCUUUUUGGCUAAACUAAUUGCGCAUUAAACUCUUGAGAGCUAAAGCUUUUGAAUUUAUAGAUUUUAUUAUGAGCAGCUGGUUCUUGUUGUUGAUAGGUGCAGAAGGUAUUGUCAACUUUGCACUUCCACACUUUACACACAUGCCAUUGUGGUCUUGCUCUGAGCAUAGCAAUGUAAAUGCAUAUUGAGUUAAUCGAUUUGUUCAUAUGAAUUUAUGGGCAAGUAAUGACAUAAAAGAUCUUUUUAUUUUCUUUA